AGUCUUGUCACAACUUUUUCUCACUCGUUGUCCCUAUAUAAGUUUGCAGCAACUGACUUGCCGUUGUAACUGCCCGUGUGUCAGGCUGCAAGCACCAGAUCCCUCCCUCUCCAGUGGGGCUUUUUCUUUAAAACCACGAUGUCUUCUUUCAUAAAUUCGCUCACACUGGGAGUUGUUGUGGUUUUAAGUGUCCUCAGUUGUGGUUUGGGAGAAGAUCAAGUUGCCAGUGUAACGGGUGACAAAGAAAAAUCGGACUUUUCUCAGAGGACAUUAGACUCAGUACAUGUUUUGAAAAAAAGAGCCCCAGGCUGGGGCAAGCGGUCACUGGAGGAUGAUGUAGACAGUGACGACGAUAUGUCUUAUGACAGUGAAUCCCCCGAGGACAUUUUAUCACGUGCUGAUCUUUCCAAACGCGCGCCCGGUUGGGGCAAACGUACCUUAGAUAUUCUAGAAGAUUACACCAAACGAGCACCCGGCUGGGGUAAGAGAGACUCUCUAGAUGUUAAACGUGCACCUGGAUGGGGAAAACGAGAUAUCGAUAUGGACAAACGUGCACCUGGAUGGGGCAAACGAGCACCUGGGUGGGGCAAACGUGCACCUGGCUGGGGAAAACGGGCACCUGGCUGGGGAAAGCGUGCACCUGGUUGGGGCAAAAGAGCACCUGGAUGGGGCAAACGCUCUGACACAUCAUGUGCUGGAAUCGACGAGGAGGUUGACUAUUACAUUUACAGAGCUGUCCAGGCUGAGGCAAGAAGAAUUCUAGAGUGCGGAAGCAAAUACAAUGGAAAUGAUGUCCUUCGGAAGUGAGGAGAGAGCUACCUUUGGGUCAAGUCGUUCAUGCAUACGUCUGAGGUACGACCCAGCACCUUGAAAGAGGCUUAUUUCUUCUAAUAGCCGAACGCAAAAGCAUAUCCAAGCCAUUAAAGCAGUGAGACAUCACCUGAGAUCGCUAUCAAUGACUCCUGAUACACUUCAAAUACUUUCUGUGCAGACAUGGUGUAACUCAAAAUGACAUCGUGAAGACAAUUUGUGGGACUGAUAACAAAAAGAAUAAUUAUAGAAGAACUAUUGUGCAAUUCCUUCACACCCACACACACACGUAACUUUGAAAUUUAAACGACAUAUUGUAUUUUUAACAUGUGGAAGGUAAUAUCUUGUCAAUGAAUACUGUUAUGUGAUAAAAUAUUUUAAAACUAAUGUCUGUGUGUCUUUUAAGAUGUUCGAAAUACAUGAUAUAUCUAUUUUCUUUCUAUAUGUUAAAAUAAAAAUUAUUGGAUUCUUUCAA